GUGCACCUAAUUGUGACUGGCGAGUGUAAGUAUAUUGGGGUCAUGCUGUGCCUGUCACGCAGGCUUGACUUGAAACUUCAUGCGCAUGAAGUGCUGAAUCUGAGCGCUGAGCCAGACUGCUUGUGUCUUGCAACUUCUAUAUAUACCAACGGAAAGCCAACACUUGUUGUUCUCUCAAUCUCGAUACCUGGAGGUGUUUUUUCAUACCGUAUGUCCGAGCUCAAGGCACGCAAACGAAACCUCAGCAAUCAGAAUGGACCUGGACACCACAUUCUGCAAACUGGUCCUGACAAGCAACGGAUGACGCUUUCCUGGCACGAAAUACCAGAAUGGCAGAGAGACAACGAGUACAUUUUAACGGGCUACAGACGAGUGCAGAACUGCUGGUCAGGUUGCAUUACAUCCAUCUACAGUUAUCCUCACAAUGAAACUGUGAACAUCCUCAGCCAUCUAGCUGGCGCUGUGGUUUUCCUUUUGAUCCUGGUGACAUUCCGCGGGCAAUAUAUCUUGGCAUAUAGUACUACCACCUGGCUGGAUACUUCUGUCUUUGCUAUAUUUCUACUCUCUGCAGUAUUCUGCCUUACUGCGAGUGCCAUGUUCCACACUGCCACUUGCCAUUCGGCACAGGUGUCGACGCAGUGCCAUGCAUUAGAUUAUUCGGGAAUCGUCAUCCUCACUGUCGGAUCUUUUGUACCAUGCCUUUACUACGGAUUCUAUUGUGAACCAGCCUUGCAAGCCUGUUAUCUAUGUUCCAUCGCACUAGUUGGCGCAGGAGCAGCAUAUAUCGUUCUCAACCCUGAAUAUGCAAAACCAACACACCGAGGUGCACGUACCUGUGUUUUCAUUGGUCUCGGAUUGUCCGCUAUGGUCCCAGUAGCUCACUUAUUGGUGUCGCAUGGAGCAUUCAAACUAUUUUCCGAGAUGGGCUUUGGCUGGCUGCUCGCAUCAGGCGGUCUAUACAUCACGGGCGCGUUGAUUUACGCUAAUCGCAUACCAGAACGUCUAGUUCCAGGGAAAUUCGACUUACUCUUCGCAUCACAUCAGAUAUUUCACUUCUGUGUGGUCCUGGCCGCUCUGGCUCACUGGAUGUGUGUAUUGACUGCCUUCGAUCAUUGGCAUUCUGGCUUGGACGGAUGGAAAUUGUGACAUGCUGGUGUUGCGUCGCUGCGUCGUGGGGUAAUAGGGUUGCCUUCGCCUAUACACCAGGUUCACCGUUCCGGCGAAGUCAUUAUUAGCGCGGAGACAACAUCCACGUUGCAGGGUGUAUUCGUAAGCCUAAUGUAAGUUUGGUCAUCCUUAUUUUAAUUGAC